ACAUGUGUGGUUUAGGGUUUCAAAUUUAGGAUGCAAACACUUUAUAUUUUUUCCAUAUAUUGUAAUGUACAACAAAUUAAAACAUUAAAUAAUUUAUUUAAGUAAAUAAAUAGUUUUUAAUUAUUUAAGCAUUUUAUUGAAAUUAUCACUUUUUUGUACUCAUCGUGGAAAAAUAGGGUUUUCAAGGCAUUUAAACUAGUUAUACUGAUGCAUAAAAAUAAAAUAUCUUCAUGUUUUAUCCUAAAUAAAAAGGAUAAGAAAAAAAGUUUUAAAAAAAAAAGAAUGAAUUCAUUUCCUGGACAGAAAAGCAGGUAAUGGCUCUGACGACAACCGCACAGGAAGGGAUGGUAAUUUCAGCCGUUUUAAGGCCACAGCCUCUUGAUCUUCUCAUCAGAUAAGUGCAUGUCCUCUACGGCACAAACCACAGUGCUUUGCACGAUGUCGCUCCGCUCUGCAGGAGCUGCAGGCGAUGAAGAUGAAAGGAAGAGAGCAGAGGAAGUCUUGUAGAAGAACCACAGACCCUGCCAAGAAGUGAUGGAGGAUUUCAGAGCGUCUUAAGAUGUCUGCAACUGCUGGUUCAGAUGGGAACCCCCCCGACUGGGGACAUUGAACAGGUUUGAAUAGGAAAAAUUGGGGCGAGAGACGACCACCCACCUGCUCACCUGUGCUGCUGUCGCCCUCUCCCUCCACUCUAAAGGGGGUGGUAAUGUUCUUUCACAAGACUUCACACCUGAAAGAGGAAGCAGCAGCUUCUCCUUUGCUACUUUUGAGCCGUUUAACCUAAAACAGGUUUGAUGGAGCAUUUCUCAGCGGAGCUGACUAAGACUGGACGGUGGUAUCAUGAGGUCUGAUCCCCGCCUGACUGUCCUGGGGGGCUUUAUUCUGGCAGGGCUUCUUCUGCCCCUCAAAGCUGACAGUAAAGAUGGUUGUUCCGUUGAAGUUAGAGUUCGCCGUGACACAAAAUAUGACGUUUUCCAAGGAGAAGAAGUCAGGAUUCAAUGUCCUGUUUCUUUCUGCAGCCUUCCACCUCCAAGAGUUAUUUGGAAAAAAUUUGAGGAACCUCAGAUUCAGAUCAACAGGGGAAUUAAGAUAAUUUGGGAACAGAAUAAUACGCUUAAUGGAGCAUCCAUUUUGGUUUUUGAAAAGAUCCACAGAAAUGAUUCAGGUCUGUAUCAGUGUAUGAUGAAAGAGUCUGUUGGACAUAACAUCAAGGUUUCAGUCCAUGGUCUAAACGAGACCAUCAAGACAAAAACCUCAAAUCAAUCAUCUACAGGUAUCACUUAUCUUAAAGCAGAUUUUAUCUUUUGUAUUUUUUUUUUUGUUUCAUUCUUCUUUGUUUUUGCAGAACCACCUCAAAAUGACCAGGAUCGUUCAUGGAUGUACGUAUACUUUGUUCCUGGGAUUGCUCUGUUCGUCAUCAUGGUCAUAGUUAUAUCCAUCGUCUCCAUGAGGGGCUGCAGAGCCAAACCAAAGGAGACUCAAACUGAGAACCAGUACGUAGCCAUCCCGAUGGCGGAACAGCCCGUCCCACACGGAAGCCUCCAGCCCUCGCCAAGAGGAAGCCCCGUCGUGCCACCGAGUCGAAGGUCAACGAAGAGGGAGACGCCCCCGAGGCAGCCGGUGGGACCCACAACACCAGGAUACGAGGAGCAGCUUCAUCCCUCCACGAGUCAGGACAGGAACCGGCAGAGGGCGAUGGCGCCAGCAGACGACAGCUCCUCCCUACUUUAUGUUACUCUCAACCUGCAACAGCGGCCUGCAGCCCGCACAGGGAGGACAGAGGAGAGAGAACCUCCGUCGGAAUACGCAGCUAUUCGAGUGAAAUGAGGAGCCGCAUCGAGCUGGGGUUGUUCUGGAACACCACGUCACUGCAGGGAUACGGAAAACCCUUAUGGACGAGGUUUUCUGAGCUUCAGGAUCCAGAACCGCUGAUCAAAAGAGGACAGACAAAACAGCACAGUUUGUUACCUCAUAUAAUAUCAAAAUACGCUCACAGGAAGUCCUCUUCAAACCACAGACGGUUCAGCCUUCCUCACAUGAGACAUAGUAGACCACAGAGCGCUUAAAAAACCCCAAAGGUUUUUUAUGAUUCUCGUCAAAGGUGAUGAUCAAAUCUUCGGUUUGAGGUUCAGAUGUUGUUGUGGUCAAGAUGUAGUAAUGGCAGAGUGUGGUGCUUCUAGAACAGACUCAGGCCAACUUCUUUAAACGGGGCAAGAAUCCAAACACUUUUCCCACCUGCCUUCAGUGUGGUUUCACAGUGCACUUUUGAGAGUGGACCAGAGCUCCUGGACAUUUUCAAGCACGGAUAACAGGAAACAAGAGGUAAAAUGUUCAAGAGGACAAAUAAUUAUCCUCAUGAUCUUCUUGAACCUCGUGAUAAUCUAGACCCAUAUUAUCCUUAAUAAUUCAAAUGAUCCCCACAAUCCUCGUGAUCCUCCUGAUAACAAUAAUCCUCACAAUCUUCACAAACCUUAUGCACCUUACUGAUCCUCAAGAUCCCGACAAUCUUCAUGAUCUUCCUCAACCUCAUGAUAAUCAAGACCUUCAUGAUCCUUAGCAAUUCUCACGAUCCUCAUGACCCUCAUGAUCUUCACAACAACAAUAAUCCUCACGAUCUUCUUAAACUUCACAACCCUUAUGAACCUUGAUGACCCUCAAUAUCCUGACGAUCCUCAUGAUCAUCAAGACCCUCAUGAUUCCCAUAAUCCUCAUAAAACUCACAACACUCACUAUCCUCAUGAUCAUGAAAACCGUCAUGAUCCUUAACAAUCCUCAUGAUCCUCACAACACUCAUAAUACUCAUAAUCCCAUUGAUUAUCAAGACCCUCAUGAUCUUUACCAAUCCUCAUGAUCCCUGUUAUCCUUACGAACCUCAUGAUCUUUUUGAUCCUCACGAACAUCCUCAUGAUCUUUGCAAUCUUUGCAAACUUCACAACCCCUAUGAUCCUUAGAACCCUCACGAUCUAAGUAAUCCUCAUGACCCUCAUGGUUCUUAGGAUCGUCCCAAACCUCACAACCCCAUAAUCCUCAUGA